UCUCAAAGAAUCAAUUUUCCAUUUGGAAGAACCAGAGAGAAAAAGAAAACUCAAUGCGAGCGUUACCAUUACGUUCCUUUGCCUUCCCUUUUCCUUCCAAUUUCCUUCUUUAGGAGACUACACUUUAAUAUUUCCAAUUCUCUAACGAAUAACCAUAACUGGGUUUCUUUUCUUUUUUUGAUUCGUUUUCAUUCGUGUGAUUGAUGAGAAAAUUUGCAGUUGCAGAGGAAUGAAGGUUUUGAGAUUAAGAGAUAGAGAAAACAGAGGUGGAAGAUGGAAGAUGUGCCUGGUUCAAUGGGGACAAGCGCGAGCUUGGCUCUGAGAUUGGGCCAGGCUAUUUUCUCUACGGCUUCUCUUUUCUUCAUGUGUUUGGGCAUUGACUUUUACAGUUAUACUGCUUUCUGCUAUUUGGUGACUGUAAUGGGUUUGCUAAUUCCAUGGAGCGUAACUCUGGUGCUAGUGGAUGUAUAUUCAGUCUUUGUUAAAUGUCUACCUCAUCGACCAAAAGUUCUAUCAGCCAUUAUCAUUGGAGAUUGGGUUCUAUCAUUUCUAUCAUUAGCAGCAGCGAGCUCAACAGCAAGUGUUACAGAUCUUCUUCUUGACGUUGGAACUUCAUAUUGCCCCGCAAAAAUGUGUAGCAGAUACCAGCUCUCUGCUGCUAUGGCUUUCUUGUCAUGGUUUCUGUCAUUUGCUUCAGCUCUCUUCAAUCUUUGGCUUCUUCCUUCUUUGUAAACAUUUGGGCAUAUCUUGACAAAGUCUUGUUGCUCAAUGUCAAAGCUUGUACAUUUUUUAAUACUGUUAACGGUUUACAGCUAAUCUUAGAUGAUAGAAUCGGUUCUUCCAACAAUGUAAUAAAGACCAAAGCCAAAAUUUUCCUUACCAUUUCUCUUUUUGAAAAGAAAAUGCUGUAUCCAUCCAUUGUUGAAGAAGAGAGGUCUUCUUUUCUUUUUCUUUUUCGA